UUGUUUCAUUGUUUUCUUUUCUACGGAAUAGGUAUGGACAAAACACCUUCUCUUUCGUCCCAAUCGCAUUUUGGGCAUAUUAUCCCACCUGCUGGUGUACAACCAGGUAAAGGAGGACCUUCUAACUACCAUCCAGUUAGUUCAUCUCUUCUUCAAUCUACGAAAUCUACUACACCAACCAAAGAGAGCGAAACCACUACAAAGACUGGGGAAUCCGUUCCGUCAGAGAAACCGAUUAGGGAAAAACCAGCUACUUCUAAAUCAAAGCCGACAGGAGUCACCACGGCUACUUCGGCAAAACAUGUUCCUUCUAGUCAAUCUAAUUCAUCUAUAACAACCUCUUCUAUCACCGCGGCUUCUUCAGUACCAACAACGUCAACUGUUGUGACAUCAGCUCCGAUCACCUCUUCAAACUCUUCCUUCACAACCGUGUCUACUACGACUGGGGGAAGUGCUACGCUUUCCGCUCCUUCUACGAAUGUAACCGCAUCUACUUCGAACCCAAUAGUGCUUUCUAGUGCCACCCCUUCAACCUCAUCUAUUUUAAAGGAUGAAGAUAAGAAAAAGGAAAUAUAUGGAUUUGAUGCUCCUUUCAUGUUGUUUUCCUCAACAUGGAGCUGUGCGACCGAUGCUCAGAGGCGAUUUCGGAUAGCUGUCAGUAGCUUUAUUGAAGAAUAUAGUAAUAAGAUAUCAAUAGUUCAAUUAGAUGAAGAUGCUGGAGAGUUAGUGCUACGAAGCUCGUUUGACCAUCCGUACCCAGCUACUAAACUUAUGUGGAUUCCUGAUUCUAAAGGGAAUUAUCCGGAUCUGAUUGCUACGUCAGGAGACUAUUUACGUCUUUGGAGAAUUGGAGCUGAUAACCAAGCUAAAGUGGAAACGUUGCUCAAUACUAACAGAACUGCUGAAUAUUGUGCUCCUUUAACCAGCUUUGAUUGGAACGAGUUGGACUUGAAUCUUAUAGGAACCAGUAGCAUUGACACAACAUGUACGAUCUGGCAACUUGAGACUGGGCAAGCUUUAGGCAGUGUGAGAGGUCCCGUAGACGGAUCUGUUAGAACGCAGUUGAUUGCUCAUGACAAAGAAGUUUUUGACAUUGCAUUUAGUCGUGGUAGUAAGGAUAUAUUUGGAAGUGUGGGAGCUGAUGGUAGUGUCCGAUUGUUUGAUUUAAGGCAUUUGGAACAUUCCACCAUCGUUUUUGAAUCUUCAAAACAGUCUUCGUUAUUACGUUUGGCAUGGAACCGAAAUGAUCAUAACUACAUGGCUACUUUUGCGAGUUGUAGUAACGAGGUUCUCAUCCUCGACAUGCGUGUACCCUGUACUCCUGUUGCUAGAUUAUCGAAUCAUAAGGCUGCCAUAAAUGGUGUGUCUUGGGCUCCUCAUUCCAGUAGUCACCUAUGCACUGGAGCUGAUGAUUCACAAGCACUUAUUUGGGAUGUUCAUGAAAUGCCCCGACCUGUCGAUGACCCCAUACUAGCGUAUCAAGCUGGAGGAGAAGUGAAUCAAAUCCACUGGUCAACUGCAUACCCUGAUUGGAUUUCGAUCUGCUAUGGUAAUCGGUUAGAAAUAUUGCGUGUUUAG